GUUCUUGCUGCCGUUGGCCUGUCCUCAAUUUCUCCCUUUUGCUACGCGAAAGCAAACUGCUCGAAGUCGAAACCAAAUUCCAAGUGCUGCUCUAUCGUCCUCUUGCGUCGUUCCACCUCAAAACGUUCGCAUCUCCUCCUUCCUUCGCACGUUCAUCCACCACCGAAAGAACAACCAACGCUCGUCUUGGAUACUUCUCAAGCUUUGGGUUCGGAAAUCUUUCUCCAUCGCCCAGCUAUCUAUCUCAUAAUGCCUACGCCACUCCCUUCUAGUUUUGCUUCGGCCGCUGCUGGCAACACUGAUGCCUCUCGAAGAGGUGAUGGAACUGCCAGUGGAGAAUGGGCUCGAAACCGCAUGAACGGAGCAACACAAACCUUCCGCCGUCCGUCCGUGGCGACUAAUCCUUCCCACGGCCGGGAUACUAGCCAGCCCGCAUCCGCUACGACUCCUACGGCCGGUACUUACACUCCCCCACAUAUGCUCUCGAAUUACCAGUCUAGCGCACUCCGCAACGGGGCAACCAAUGACACUCGGUAUUCCAAAGAUCAGCUGUUAGAACUUUACAAGGCUCAACGGGAGACAGGUAUAUUGGGUAAGAAUCUCGCAGAAUAUCUCGCCGCCGACUGGAAUCCGCAGGUAGAGGCAGCCGCUGCCAACGGCGCUUGGGGCAGGCGGGAGGAUUCGAAAGAUAAUCCCUCUGGGCCUGGGGUGUGCUGGGAUCACGGAGGACAGAUGGAACCGUUGAGCCUAAUGGACAUGACUGAUGAGGAGAAAGAGUUGUUUUCUCUCUCAGUGAACUCCCCACUGAAGCCACCACCCACGAAUGUUCCCAAGGAUAACACGGGCACUACUCCGGGAGGACGCAAGGGGUCGAUUUCUCAGGGUCACAUGAACAAUUACAACACCUCGUCCCCGAGCUCGAAUCGACCUGGGCCCAGGCGUCGGGAGACCGGCGAUUCGAUCGGCAACCCUAUGUCUCCUACAACGGGCGGUUCUCGAUUCUUCCGUGACGAGCCGAAUACUUCUACCCCACCCCCGUCGCUCCUACGUCGCAAAACCGAUUUUCGAGAUACGUCGUCCACCGCCCGGUGGGAGGAGAAAGAGAAGGAAUCGGCUCGGGACGUUACCUCGGAGGCCUCCUCUCCGUUUAAUUCCCUAAAGCGCAGUUCGACUAAUCCGCUGAGUGCAGCGCCGGGGACAACAAGUUCGCCGUGGGGCUCGGCUUCGCAAAAUGCCAGCUUCUCGCCCAUGGGGGCUUUUGGGGCGUUCUCUCUCGGUACGAAUCCCACGGAGAAAAAACCAGGCUUUGGCAGUCUUCGCGGCGAAAGUCGCCUGAAGGGCCUCUUCUCGAAGGAUAGCUCGGAGGAUAUUUCAGCUUCGGUGAAGGAGAAGCCGUCCCUGAGCAACCUGGAGCGUUUGGCAGGUGAGGGUGAGCAGCGCUCGCAGUCGCCUUGGGGGGAAACUCUCAAGACCCGCACGGGACGAAGUGAGACGAACCCAUUUCAGGAGGAACCUCGGAGCGGGAGUGCUGCGCUUGGGGGGUCUCAGGAACUUCCAUCUCAGAGCGCUGACUCGACUGGAUUCGCCGCGUUUGGAAUGACGUCCAGUAUUCCUGGCUUUCGAGAGCUGAUCCAGAGCCACGAGAACUCGCGUAACCCCACCCCAAGUUUGCUCCAAGGUCAUGAGCCAACCAGCCCGACCAAUACAAACCCGUAUCAAAGCCCCCAUGGUGACAGAGGAGACGCCGAUGAUGUUGAGACCGACGGCUCUGAUAUCCAAACCUCGCACCAUCCUGGCCUCACUGGACUGCGUGACACUACCGCGUUUGGCUCGGUCAGACGAGUCGGGUCGGGCAUGGAUUUGCCCUCGAUCGAUCGGAGCGCAACUUCCAGCGUUGCCGGAAACCGCAGCUUCUCCAGCUUGGGUGGUCUGGGUGGCCUCCCCUCGAUUGGAGGAGCGGCUGGAUGGCCUGCAAGCGGUGCCAUUGGUACUCCAACUCGAGAACGAUCUGCUUUUGGCGGCGGCGGCUUUGGCGAUCCUAUCUUUGGCACGAUGGCUGAUCUCCAGUCCCCUAGUCUAUCGACCCUGGGAGGGGGUGGCCUCUUCAGCCCUGGCAUCAGUGGCACUGGCAGCAUUGGGCGCUCUAGCAAGUUAGGAUCUCUCUUCCCCGCCGCGAUGCAGGAACAGAUGCAAGGCGAUCAAGCACGGGCUGAUCUUGGCAGCCUGGACGACGGCUCCCGGCAACCAGGUAUGAUCCUCCAGCGGCCAACAGCGCCACAUGAUUUACUAACCCACGGAGAAGAUCCCCAGCAGGUCGACAAGUCUGGCCAAACCAACCCGCCCACAACUACGUCUACUUCCCAAACUCCUGUCUCUGCCGUUGGUUCCAUCCCCACUUCCAUGGCUCCUGAUGCACCUCAGCCCAGUCAGACUCCUGGGCAACCGGGAGGCAAUGCCGGCUCCGUUCCUCCUGCCCAACAGCGUACUAUGGUGAUGCCAGAUCGUAUGCGCUGGAUUUAUCGCGACCCACAGGGGAACAUCCAAGGUCCUUGGACAGGGCUUGAGAUGCACGAUUGGUUCAAGGCAGGUUUCUUCAGCCCUGACCUGCAGAUCAAGAAGCUCGAGGACCCAGAAUUUGAGCCUCUGGCUCAGUUGGUGCGGCGCAUUGGCAACUCGCGCGAGCCCUUCUUGGUUCCUCAGAUCGGGAUCCCUCAUGGACCCGAUCCUAACCCUGGUCAUUGGACAGGAAACACGGCAGGUGCUGCUCAACCUCCCUUCCCUGGCAGCUUCCCCAGCUUUGGUACUACUUUGACCGCCGAACAGCAGAAUGCCUUGGAGCGUAGAAAGCAAGAGGAGCAGUACCUGAUGGCCAGACAGAAGGAACAUCUCGCGCAGCAACAGGCCAUGAUGAAGCAAAUGCAAUUCCAGGGGCUCCCCCCCACUAUGCACCCCCAUCAGCUCCAGCAUCAUUCGAGCGCCCACAGCCUUCACAGCCAGCCAAGUUUCGGUAGCAUUGCCUCGCCUGUUGGUUUCCAACCGUCGCCUAUACAGGGACCCAUCCAGCAGCAACAGCAGCAACAGCAGCAGUCACAGCCGCAGCCUCUUGGUGGCUUCUUCGACGCCGCCGGUCCGAUAAGGCAGAGCGCGCUGCCCAAUGUUGGUCCUCAGAUGCUUGGGACAGACCUCGGCGGCAGUCAAGAUCAGCUCCCUGCCCUUCUUGAGCGUUUGAACGUCAACCGACCGGACCCAUUCGCCUUUGGCAGCGCAGCGCCCUUUGCCACUCGGCAGCCGGACAACUUGUUCCAUCAACAGCAGGUUGCCACCAUGCUCCAGGAUCGGGCUCAGCUGCAACAGGAACAAGAACAAUUCGACAGCACUCAAGGUGACAGCUUGUUCGACCAACAGGCCCGUGAAGAACGGCUCCGCCAGUUUCAUGCUUUGAGGGCACAGGAAGAUGAAUUCGGCAUGCGCACUGCCGAGGGGCUUCCAACUCAUCCUACUACUGGUCCUUCUCCCCAGCCUGAAGAGUCUGUCCAGGAUGUUAACCUCGACUCCCCCGUGAUGGAAGCGGACCAGCCUAUUGUAGUGGACGAAGAACCGGUCCUCACGCUUUCCCAGCAGGUUCAGAAGGCGGCAUCCGCUCAGAGACAGCAACAGGAGCAACAGGAGCAAGAACAGCAGCAGAGCCAGGCUGCGAAUGAUGCAGCAUGGACCGCCAAGGGUGAUUCAGCCAUGCCUCAGCCGUUCCCUCCUCCACCUUCCGCAUCGCCGCUCCCAGCUCCUGCCGCACAGCGCAGCCGCCAGAACGUUGCGGAAUCACUCGCAGCAAACUCGAGAUCGCAGACCCAGACUCCUGUGGAAGCUCCUGCUACGUCCAUUGCCCCAUGGGCCAAGGAGGUGCAUGAGAUGCCGAAGGGUCCCUCGCUGAAGGAGAUCCAAGAGGCUGAGGCUCGUAGCGCUGCUCAGAGAGAAGAACUGGCUGCCGCUGCUCGUCGUGCUCAACUUCUCGCAGAACAAGAGCGCCUUAGCCAGGCUCAAGUCCAGACUCCUGGUCUCCCUUCGACUGCCAACUGGGCCAGUGCUGGAUCCCCGUCUACUCCCGCGUCCACCGGGUCGGUCUGGGGUAACAACAAGGCCCCGGCCACUGCUACCGGCGGCGCUAAGAAGACCCUCGCGCAGAUCCAGAAAGAGGAGGAGGCUCGUAAGCAGCGUGCCGCUGCCGCCGCCGCUGCCGCCGCUGCUCAGAGUGCAGUCACAGCAGCGCCUAGCCCACCGGCUCCUUCUUCUACUGGCAAGCGGUAUGCGGAUCUGGCUAGCAAGGCUCCUGCUCCUGCUGCUCCUACCACUCCCGUGACUACAGGUGCUUGGACCACAGUUGGCGCUAGCGGUAAAGCCAAAGCUCCUCCCGUUGCUCCCUCCGGACCGCGAUCGACCACCGCAACGACUCCCUUGGCAGCCUCUCCAGUGAAGCCCAAGCCCGCUACAAUCUCCACCCCGCGUGCCGUUACUGUGAACACAGUGACUCCGGCUAACCCUAACCGCGCAGUCGAGGAGUUCACCAAAUGGGCCAAGCUGGCGCUGGGCAAGGGGUUGAACAGCAACAUCAAUGUGGAUGACUUUGUUCAGCAGCUACUUUUCCUGCCGGCCGAAGCGGAGAUAAUCUCGGACUCGGUGUAUGCUAACUCGCAGACGCUGGAUGGCCGCCGGUUCGCCGAGGAGUUCAUCCGCCGUCGUACCUUGGCUGACAAGGGCAUCGUGGACCCCGUCGCAGCCAGUGCAUUCGCGGAGAAGAGUAGCAGUGGAUGGAGUGAGGUGGCCAAGAAGGGAUCGUCGAAUGCCCAUCGUGAAGAGGAUAGCAGCAAUGCCGCGUUCAAGGUUGUGGCUCCUCGUAAGAAGGGUAAGCGGUAAAUGACUGUGAAUAGUGGCAUAUUUCCCGCAUCUAGUGAAUACUUCCGAGAGAUGUACUAGUAGUUUGGCAUUCCAGCAUGAUUUGGUGAUGUAAAAAAUAGCAAUGAGUUUCACGCUUACGUUUGCUUCGUAA